AAAACAAAAUUUCCUUUGGAAUAAAUAUUGUGACUCAAAAACAGAAAAUCAAAAAAUUUAAAAUAUAGUUUUUGCCAAAUUUCAAGAUAGCCAUAGACAAAAAAAAUAUAACGGCAAAUACAAAAAAGAAAAAGUGCAGUGAACAAUCAACUUCAGUCGUCGCAGUAGUCAGCAUCCAGCCUCAGUCGCCGCAGCAGUCAAUAUCCAGCCUCAGUCGACAACGCAGCCGUAAAGACCACAGUCAACACACAAGUUCUUCAUGACACAUACAGCUUAGUCGAGGAGCAGUAUCAGAAAACAAACAACAAUAAAUACUACAAAGACUCAAAUCAUGUCAUCCAACAAAAAUAGAAAUCCAAAUUGGCAUUGGUCGUGCGGAAUAUGCAAAGAUGAUCACCCCUUAAAAUCAUGUCAACGUUUUUUGAAAUCUGACCCGUACCAACGUUUUGAAACCAUCAUAAAUAAGCAUUAUUGUCAAAAUUGUUUGGCCAGAUCACAUCUUACUUCACAGUGUCUAAGCAAGCUCGUAUGCCGUGAAUGCAGUCGAAGACAUCACACCCUUCUUCAUGAGGCACCUCAACUCAAAGCAAUCACAGAAACAAAACGACACUCAUCUGCUGGUCCAACACGAAAGCAAAACUUUUCUUCACGCUCUUCAACGUCAUCCUGUGAUGAUUCCAAAGAUGUUCCAAUUCAAGGAAGUACUAAAAUUCAACAUUCAACAAAAUCUGCUGAAUUAACGAAAAAACCUGAUAUGACGUCACCAAAAGUUAAACCAAAAGCUGUUGAGAACAAUCAAUUUGUUUGGACAAAGGUUUUUGUACCCACAGCCACCGUAAAAAUUACCCAUAACAAAAUGGAAAUUUGGUAUCCAAUCCGUGCUGUAAUAAAUCAGUCCCUUACAAUCUCACGAAUCUCAAGAUCUUGCGUGCAAAAACUGAUUCUACCAACCAAAAAUAUUCAGGGUUUUCAAUUCGCCAAAUUUCAAAUCAAGACUCGUCAUGAAAACUCUCGAUGGACUCGUGAAAUUAAAGCACUGAUCACCCAGGACUUACCAAAAAGACCCUACUCUGGUCCAAUGAAAAAAGACCCAUCAACAGAUUUUGGCGAAAACUUAUUAGCUGAUCUUGCACCUACAUCGAACACUCCGAUCGAUCUUGAAUUAGGUUCCGAUCUAUAUCCUGCUAUUCGACGCGAUGCAGCCUUGGACUCAGCAUUGGAACAAGUGAUCGCAGUUAAAACAGCUUUAGGCUACGUAUUUUCUGGACCCGCUGAAGAAUUAGAACUUAAUUAAAUAUUUCACCUUGUCAUGGGGGGCGGAAUGUUUAGAGAUGUACCUCAUAACACCGACGACCCUGAUCAACAAAAAUAAUUUAUUUUGGUUUCUUUAUGUACAUAGCUACAGUUAUUUUUUCUCUCAUCUUAAUGUACCCUUUGUACAUUUGACUUAUUGCUUCUAACAUAAUAACAAGUAAAGAACAAACACAGUUCAUUUUUUGACCGCGACCGUGACACAGUCGAUAUAAUCAAAGACAA